AUGGCGUUAGAUCAGCCCAAGCAGCUUGUCUCAUGUUUUCUCCUCCUGUUGACCAUGGUGUCCUUGUCCCAGGCGAAGGCGCAGCAGUGCAAAAGCCCUGAUUCCGACCAGGAUCGGAGGACAAACUACACCAUGGACAAUGCCUUCGAAUUCCAUCUGAUCGACAAAGCAUCCGGCAGGGUCAUCAGCUUCGCCCGUAACUCCUUCUCCAACUCCAAUGUGAGUAACACGGUUGACCUCAGCUUCCUCCGUGACCUCUUCGUGUCUGAUUCCUAUGUGAACAAUACAGUAGCGUUGUCCACCUUCGGUCUAUGGCGACCUCUCUCGCGUGUUCGCUACGAGCUGCUGGGGUCGUUCAGCGUCACCAUCGUCUAUCAGCCGCUGCCGGACCAGAGCCUUAGUGGCCUCGCCUUCCUCAUCAUCCCUUUCUCCGACCGAACGGAUCUCGUGUACGGGGCAAAUAGCUCCUUGGCGAAGCAGCUGGUGGCCAGCGAUGUCGGCUCGCUCCACCUUUUGAAACCUACAUCUGGAAGCGCUCCCGUCUCCGGUAGCUCCGUCUCCGCCUCCGCCAGGAUUGGUGCGCUGGCUAACCUCACGGCCAGAAGGUACGAUAGUAGCGUCAUGGUUGUCGAUAUCAACAUCGAUCAGGUGGCAGCUGCCAUGUCUAGCUAUUCGGUGUGGAUCGACUACGACCGUGUGGGGCGUAGCCUGUCGGUCUACGUGGACUUUGCAGGCAAGCCCAAGCCUAACAAAACCAUAGUUGAGACGCAGAACAUCAGCAACCUGGAUUCCCCAUUCUUCUAUUUUGGCCUCCUCUCCACCACCCAGCAGCGGCUUCGGGCUGGAGACAUCACAUGGAGCGCAACCGUCGACGACCUCCCUCCCCCUGUCUACUACCCCAACAAAGGCGGCUUCCUAACAAAGAAAGUAACCAUCCUGUUCUCAGUCUUUGGGUCCGUAGCCGCUGCAGCCGCGAUGGCUGCCGCCGUGGCAUGCUACUUAAACUCGAUGUACCGGCAGUGGCACAAGGACCUGGUCCAGCUCGCCAAAUCCAUGGAGCGCCUCCCUGGAGUCCCAACCAAGGUCGACUUCGCCGACAUCAACAAGGCCACCCGCAACUUCCAUGACGACAUGAAGCUUGGUGGAGGCGGGUUUGGCACCGUCUAUAGGUGCACGCUUCCCCCCGCCGCUUCCAAAAUGGAGCGACAGAUGGACGUUGCCAUCAAAAGGUUUACGCGCGAUGUGCAGAACCGCCGCUACGACGACUUCCUCGCCGAGGUCAGCAUCAUCAACCGGCUGCGCCACAAGAACAUCGUCCCCCUCAUCGGGUGGUCAUACAACAAAGGAGUACCGCUGCUUGUGUUCGAGUUCAUGAGAAACGGUAGCCUAGACCAACAUCUCUUCCACAGAGGUGGCGGCGGCACCAGACAGCGGAACACUGAUGGCGCCAUCCGGCAAUGGGCAACCCGCUAUGAGAUCAUCAGGGGCGUAGCCACCGGCCUGCACUAUGUCCACCACGAGUACGAGCCCAUGGUGCUUCACCGUGACAUCAAGGCAAGCAACAUCAUGCUGGACUCGAGCUUCCAGGCCCGUCUUGGUGACUUCGGCCUGGCCUGCACUGUCUCCGUCGACAGGAACUCCGUCACCGGCAUGGGUGGCACCUGGGGCUACAUCGCUCCAGAGUACCCGGUUAGCCGCAAGGCGACGCGGCAGACUGAUAUCUAUGCGCUUGGCGUGCUCAUCCUCGAGGUUGUCACUGGGCUGCGGGCAUUGGCUGACCACGAGGUGGUGGAUGACGAUGACAUGCAUAUCACCGAUAGGGUGUGGCGUCUUUACCGUGAGGGAAGGCUACUGGAGUGUGUUGAUGCCAUGUUGACUGAUGGUUCUACUCCGGACGACGAGGAGCAGCUAGAUACUACUGACGAUGUGGAACGCUUGCUGCUCCUAGGCCUGGCGUGUAGCAACCCAAACCCGUCAGACCGGCCAACCAUGCCUGAUGUGGUGCGGGUCAUCGCCAAGUCGGCACCGCCACCACAGGUGCCUCCUCAAAAGCCAAGAUUCGUGUGGCCACCGCAGGAAGAGGGACGUUCAGUGACCUCCGAUGGUGGUGGUAGCACGGUUUUGCUCGUCGGUGCUUGCCGCAGCGUGACAUUUGUUGCCGGCAGAACGAUCCCUUGA